AUGGAGAUGAAGAAGGCUGGUGAAGAAAGGAAAUUGCAAUUGCAAGAAUUGGAAGAGUUGAGGUUAGAUGCUUAUGAAAAUUCUAGUCUAUACAAGGAGAAAUCUAAGAUGUUCCAUGGCAACAUGAUUUUGAGAAAAAGUUUUGAGGUAGGACAAAAGAUUUUAUUAUACAAUUCUCGUUUGAAGCUUAUGCCUGAGAAUAAAAGCAUUGAUACAUGGAAACUUUUUAAGGUUAAUGGUCACAGGUUAAAGCCUUUUCAUGAGGAAAUGACAAUUUUGAGUUUGGAAGAUGUUGAUUUAGCCCUCCCGGAGUAUUUUGAUUGA